AUGCGUUGGACUUUCUCUGCCAUCGCAGGCACGCUUGCGCUUGCCAUGGCGUCAACUAUACCAGCAACUCCUCAACCAGAGCCGAUUGACGUUGUUGAACUUCCUCUACCUCCGGUUGCACCAAGCAACAGCACGGGCGCGUGCACGGCCUCCAUAAACCCCCACCGGACCGGCUGCAUUGGACAGAUAUCAGAGUCCUUCCAGGCAGGCGACUUCGCACCCGAUGGGAAACAUGUGGUCGUCAAUGUCGAGUUUGUUGGUGCCCCAGCGGCACCAGAUCCGGCCAGCAUAUAUGUCGGAGAACAUAUCAUCCUUGUCAAAGCGGACGGUACAAAGUUUCCCAAUGGCGACCCAUGGAAAUGCCUGAGCUGUGGUGUUCUCUCACAGAGAGCUCGCGGCCUCGACCCACAGCGAGACUAUCCUCAUGUGGCUCGAAAUUCCCGACAGGCUCUCUGGGGACACAAUAUUCUGGACUGCAGUGGUAUUCCCCUGGCCAGCGACGAGUGCACGCCAAAUAAGACACAUAUUUAUCCAAUUUACUGGCCAACAGGCACCAACAAGUCGGGUAGUCCACGGGAAAUGCGUCUCCACCCUGACGGUAUUCAUAUGGGUUGGAGCUCAUUUACAACUGGUGGCCAGUUCGCUUAUUAUGGCCAACUGCAGUUCCGUCAGAAUCCAACUGAUGGGACCCUUCUUGUUCCAAGAUACGAUCUUGUUAAUGUCAACCUCCUUGUUCAUCCAAACGGCACCGCGCCUAUCAUGGCCCAGGGCACGGAAUUGAAGAUACAUGACGAGGCCAUUACCGUUGGUGAGCUUCGCGGAUUCAGUGGUUCUGGGGACGAAAUUCUGUACAUUGGAUCAACACGCGAAGCAAACAACAUUGAUCUUUUUGCAGUGCAUAUCAUCACCGGUGCCGUUCGCCGUCUCACCAGCCACCCAGAAUAUGCGGAUCCCAUCGCUUUCUCUCAUGACAAUCAGUGGUUUGUCACCAUGGAUACUCGAGGCUCCAAUCGACAGAUGUGGAUGGCCGGAGAGCGGUAUAUUCCUCCAUUGAUUGACCUAGUCACCGUCACCGCUGCUUCAUCGACUCGCAAUAACGGUGCACGCCGCUUCUUCCAACCAAUUUUGAUCGAUCGCUAUGGUGAUCGGGGUGACUACUUUGGUCAACAGGUCAACUAUGCUGGUGAUGGAAGCAAUGGCAGCGUCAACGACCCGAACUGGAAUGGCAGAGCAGACCCGGCCUUUUCUCCCGAUGGAACCCGUAUUGUCUAUUGGCAGACCUUGGUAACCUCACCUGCCUGUGGGGGUGUCAACCCACUGCCCUGCCCAGUCUCGACUGCCCAAGGAGGUCGAACCUACCGAUUGAUGUUAGCACGACUUUCCAGUCGCAAACCCACGACCCCCGCCCCUAUUUUUACUGCACCUGAUUAUAUUCCCUGGGCGACUUCGUUCCCACCUAACUCAACUCUUCCUACGUCUUAUUCUUUACCUGCGGGAAACUACACUCUCUACGGCAAGGCUAGCGGCCUCGCAAAAGCCAGCCUGACUAGGGACCCGCUCUUCGGCAGCUUCAAGACUGUAUCCGUCAACUACACCAAUUACUCUGAUGAUGCACAGCACUUUAUCAAUGGCUAUGAAUCUGUUACUCUGACCUUGACUGCCUCGAAUCCUUGGCUCAGUCAGUUGGACUGGGUCUCCGAUAUAGCACAGACCGGCGCUGUGAACGCUGUCAAGAAGACUGGGCCUGAUGGAUUCCAUUUGACAAUUGAUGCGAUGGACAAUAUUUUUGAGGCCAAUGGAACUCUGACUACGACUGUGAAUGGCGUGACCUAUUAUCAGCCACUCAAUGGUGCGUGA